CAACGGGUGACAUGGAGCAGUACUCUUGAAUUCAUCGUUUCACUGAUAGGGUUCUCAACAGGAAUGGCGGAUUUCUGGAGAAUUCCAUUUCUCAUAUGGAGAAACGGAGGAGGUGCCUUUUUGCUUGCAUUCGGAACAAUAUUGGGUGUUUGUGUUGUACCAUUAUACAUUCUUGAAGUCUUCCUGGGACAAUAUUCUGGAAAAGGAGUGUUUGAAAUAUGGGAAUUUUCACCACUUUUCAAAGGUAUUGGGAUUUCCAUAGCCCUUCUGAAUUUAUAUUACGUUAGCUAUAUAUCUACUAUGCGUUACUGGUUACUAGAGUAUCUGAGACAAUCCUUCACAACGGACUUACCAUGGAUAUCAUGUGGAAACACAUGGAACACCAAUUCGUGUGUUGUAUCACGUGCCCUCUUGUCCUCAAGCACUAACGCAACCCAGUUGAAUUCAACAAAUGUCACCGAUUCCUUCGUCUACCAUACAGGCGUUUCAGCGGAAGAGGAAUUCUGGCAGAACAACAUCUUAUCGUUGUCAGAUGGUAUCGAGGAAGUAGGAUCGCUGCGAUGGUCUCUUGUCUUUUGGGCAUUUCUUUUGAAAGUGAUUGUCGUUAUUAGCCUUUUGAAGAGCGUAAAAACCGUUGGAAAGUUGAUGUUGUUUGCCACAUUCUUUCCUCCGCUUCUUGGUUUGGCGAUGCUGAUUCAAGCGUUAUCUCAAGAUGGCGCUACAGAUGGUCUUAUAUUCCUUAUAACUCCAGAUUUUACAAAAUUGACCGAUUCCAAGGUAUGGAUAGAGGCAUCGUUUAUGGCCUUCUAUAGUGUCGGACCAGGCUGGGGAGGCGUACUUGUGAUGGGAAGCCACAUGAAAUUCCACAGUAACUGUCUGAGAAAUGUUCUGAUUGGCAUCGUGGGUGAUGUGUUUAUAGCAGUGUUUACUAGCGUCGUUCUGUUUUCUGUCAUUGGUGUGAUGGCUAACGAGAUCGGUGUUCCUGUCCAGGAUGUUGUAAAGUCAGGUAUGUCUAUCGGCCUGGUCGGUUACACUCGGGCAUUGACCUACCUCCCGGCGUCUUAUGUCUGGGCUGUAAUAUUUUUCUUUGCUGUCACUGUUGUUGGACUUGACGCGCAGGUCGUAUGUACAGAGACAGUGGUGUCAUUCAUGGAGAAAUUUGGUAAUAGACUGGGUCAUCAUAGUCACCUAUACUUGGUUUUACUGGUCAAUAUCGUCACGCUUCUCAUCAAUAUCCCAUUUUGUACACAGGCAGGACCUUACAUGUUCCAACUAGUAGAUUGGUACUUGCCAACUUGGUCAUUGGUAGUGAUAGCUCUAUUGGAGAUUAUUGCUAUUAUGUGGUGUUAUGGAGGUGAUCGUGUCGACUAUGGUUUAACUGAAAUGAUUGGACAAAAAAUGCCUCACAUAGUUCGAGUUGCGGCAGCUUAUAUAUCACCGGUUUUGCUUUUGAUGCUGCUUCUGACAAGCCUCGUCAGAUACCGACCGCCAAAGUAUGGUUCAUAUGAGUACCCAGAAUACACCCUGGUUAUUGGCUGGAUAAUCGCUUGUGUUGUUGUUAUCCCCAUACCCAUAUGCAUGAUUUGGAAACUUGCCACCUUUCAGGGCUCACUCAAACGGAGAUGGAAGACACUCACACAGCCGAGCAGUGACUGGGGUCCCAGCGAGAGUGCUCAUCGACUAGUGAACCUGGACCGGUCGCAAACCAAGAGAACACUGGUAGAUCUAGCGUACUACAAUCUUACUGGAAGAGAGAGAUAUUCUACAAAGAGACACAAUGAAACGUUGGCACUUUUUUGA